AUGGCUGGAGCGCUGAGCUCCGCCCAACAGAAGCUGAGGUCUGAGCAGCCGCCGCAGUCUCGGGUGGGGGGUGACACGCUGAGAGUGCUGCGCUCUCGGCCGGGGCUCCGCGGGCCUGGGGCGCUGCGGGAGGCUCAGCGGCGGUUGCCGCGCUCUGCGCCUCCUCGGGGCGCAGUGCCUGGGAGCACAAGACCGGCCUGUCUGAUGCCGCAGGAGCUGAGGUCUUGCCUAGAGAUCCGAACGAGACACCACGUCAACCGGCGCGGGGAGUCCCGUGAAGACAUGAGGGCGCCAGGAGCGCAGGCUGGUCGUCGAGAGCCCGGGCUGGGGGGCCGUGGAUUUCCUUGGUUUCAUCUACAACUUUGGUUGCUGUUCUUUGUGCUCAGGGCUUCAGAAAUUGCCUUGACCUUUGCUGUCGUUAUGUCUGCAGGUAUGGACUCAUUUCUUCUAUUUGGGAAUGAAACAUCAUUUCAAGAGAAGCUUCUCAUUGUAAAAGGUCCCCACAUUCUGAAGGAAACCAGAAACACCUUUUCUUAUAGGGCUGGAGACUUAAUUUAUCAUACAUCACCCCCACCCCCAGUGUUAUUUUCAUGA